CACAAAUCCUACUUUCAUGGGAGUUAUAUACUUUUUCCAAUUCACAUUUCAGUGCUUCUCUUUCCUUUCCCCAUUUUUCUUCUAGCUCUUUUUAAAGAUCUUUUAUAAUCUCUUCUAGGAGAGCUUGUCUGAUGGGGAUCAGGUUACAUCCUCCCUUGGGAUUUUGUCUGGAGACUGUCUGCUAUUAGUCUCUUCAGGUUUGGAAACCUGCUCUCUUUCUAUAGAGAAGCUAUCAAUAUUUAGAGUUUGCUUGGUUUUUUUAAUCAUUUUUAAAAAACUCCUUGCUUUCAGGGCAAGGAGAUUACCAGCUUCCUCUACAGAACAGGGAUAGAUAGAUGGACAGAAGCUGUCCUGCAAAUGGGCUGCAAAGAGCAUCCAAGCUGCAGAAAUGACCUAUGAAGAGCCCUGCAGCAGAAGUGUCACUGCCCUGGGAAGAGUGGCUGUGCUUCGGCAGUCCCACUGUCCUGGGUAGAGCCCUCCACACCCAACCUUUUCCAGUGCCCCCUGGUGUGCAGAAGUGUGGCUGCCCUGAGCAGAGCCCCCCUGGUGUGCAGACUGCUCUGGGCAAAAGCUGCAGAAUGCGGCUGCACAGCUGUGCCGUGGUCUGUGCUGAGUCACUUCUGAUGCUGGGUGGGUAUAUCCUGAUUCUGAUGUUUUUGGCGUACACUCUACCUUUAGCAGAGGUGUAACUUCUCUGCUGAUCUACUUUGCAACCAAAGUAGAGCAGCCAACCUGCGGUAGAGUCCUCCCUGCAGUAGAGUCCUCCCUGCAAGCUCUCCACCUUUGGAGACCACCCCUGCCCCUGGUCCGCUCAGUGUGCUGUGUUCUGCCUCCCUUUCUGCGCUGGCCUCCUCCCGCCCUUUUCUGGCCAUCUUCCAGAUUAUUGUUGGCUGGUAAUUUGUUGUACUCCCAAUAUUCCCGGAUUUUACCAGUUAAGUACUAUUUCAGAGGCUGAAUUUGGUAAUUAGUAGUGAGGGUAGAAGGGGGGAUUAGAAUGAAACAUGUGUCCUCUCUGCCAUCUUGGCUCCGCCCUUGGGGGGGGUGAGGAUUCUUUCGGUCUAUUUUUAGAGCCCGCCUCCCAGAGAAAGGAGAACGUUACCUCCUCUUAACAAGAGCCCUUACAAGACUACCAGAGAAAUCCCAUCAUUCAGAUCACCACACCUGAGUUCCAUCUUCUCCGCAGCUCCGCCCCUUCCUUAAAAAAAGCACCAAUCUGGGGAGGGAGGCGGUUCUGGGAGAUAUUGCGCAGGCGCCUUCAUCCAAAGGGAAUGGGCUGAGGUUCCAUGCGUAUAGAAAAUCCCGGCAGAGGGAGAGAACGUACACGCACGCACGACAAACUCCCCUACGUCGCAGGACGCCCACGCAGACCAAGCGCUUCAACGCACGUGUGCCAGCUCCCUUCUACGCAGGCGCCGCAAGGGAAAACCUUUCUCGCCUGGGUCCUUGGCCCGGCAAUGGCGGAGGAGACACUUGAUCAAAGAAGCGAGAUUGUGGGAACCGGCCCUUCGGAGAGAGGCGUAGCACCCAUCAAACCUCAGUACCUCGCUACAAAGGAACAGUUCCACACAUUCCUCGAAAGCAGAGGGAAAAGCUCAGGUGACCAAGCUGUCGGAGAGCCAGACAGUGAGAGAGCCGAGACUGGAUCAUCUAUUUGUGACUCAUCUGAGCCUGGAGCCAAAAGACUCAAGCUUGAUGAUGGACAAGAGGAGGGUCUGGAAAGGCAGUCUCCGGGAGUGGGAGAGGGGGAGACCCAGCAGAAGAGGAAGGCCCGGGGCCAGAACAAGAGCAGACCCCACAUGAAACCAACUCGCUAUGAUGACCACAGGUUAUGUCCAUCACUGAUCCAGGAGUCAGCUGAAAAAUGCUUCUUUGGCGAGCGCUGCCGCUUUCUGCAUGACGUGGACACUUACUUGGCCUCCAAACCCCCAGACCUUGGGGACAAGUGUGUCCUGUUUGAGACCUUUGGGAAAUGCAUCUAUGGUGUGACGUGCCGUUUUGCCAGGGCCCACCUGGGUCCCCAGCACCAGAACCUGGUGAAGGAGGAGCUGGUGAAACAAUGGGAGGGCCAGAAACUCACAAGCAAUGGUCUCAGCAAAGACCUCCAGCAUCAGCUUCGAAAGAAGAAAGUCCAGUUUGAUCUCUCAGAGAAGUACCUGAAGCAGCUGUCUAAGUCAGGAAGGGUAGGGACUGGGAAGGACCAGACUCCGAUGCCUACCGCUGGGCCAGAGACCUCCAUUGACUCCCCGGGACUCAUGGCCCCCAAUUCUGCCAGUGGUGAAGCCCAUGAGUCUCUGGCAAGUGUUGAAUCAGGGUUACCACAGUCAGAAACUGUCUCAGGGAUCCCAGAGCAAGGAGCCACCCCCCAGAGAAGCACCGUCUGUACCUCGGGGCACCUGACUGAUGAGGACCUCAUCAGACUCCGGCCCUGUGAGAAGAAAAGGCUAAACAUCCAGCACAAGCUCUAUCUGGCCCCGCUCACCACGUGCGGCAAUCUGCCCUUCCGGAGGAUCUGCAAGCGGUUUGGAGCCGACGUGACCUGCGGGGAGAUGGCCGUGUGCACCAACCUGCUGCAGGGCCAGUCGUCCGAGUGGGCCCUGCUCAAGCGGCACCACACGGAGGACCUCUUUGGCGUCCAGCUGGAGGGAGCCUUUCCGGACACCAUGACCAAGUGUGCCGAGCUGCUGAAUCGGACUGUGGAGGUCGACUUUGUGGACAUCAACGUCGGCUGCCCCAUCGACCUUGUGUACAAGAAGGGCGGGGGCUGCGCCUUAAUGAACCGCUCCCACAAGUUCGAGCAGAUCGUCCGCGGGAUGGACCAGGUGCUGGAUGUGCCUCUGACUGUGAAGAUCAGGACCGGGGUGCAAGAGAAGGUCAACUUGGCCCACCGGCUCCUACCUGAACUUCGGGAGUGGGGAGUGGCGCUCGCGACGCUCCACGGCCGCUCCCGGGAGCAGCGCUACACCAAGGGCGCCGAUUGGACAUACAUACAGCACUGCGUCGACGUGGCCAGCCCCAUGCCCCUGUUUGGAAAUGGGGACAUUUUAUCUUAUGAAGACGCCAACCGUGCCUUGGAGACGGGAGUUUCUGGGGUUAUGAUUGCGCGAGGUGCUCUCAUCAAACCGUGGCUCUUCACCGAGAUCAAGGAGCAGCGGCACUGGGACAUCUCAUCUGGGGAGCGACUGGACAUCUUACGGGACUUCACGAACUAUGGCCUGGAGCACUGGGGCUCCGAUACACAGGGGGUGGAGAAAACCCGCAAGUUCCUUCUUGAGUGGCUGUCCUUCUUGUGCAGGUACAUCCCCGUGGGCUUGCUGGAACAUCUGCCUCAGAAAAUCAAUGAGCGACCUCCCUAUUACUUGGGGCGGGAUCACCUGGAGACCCUGAUGGCCAGCCAGAAUGUGGACGACUGGAUCUCCAUCAGUGAGAUGCUCCUGGGGCCCGUCCCCCCGGCCUUCACCUUCCUGCCCAAGCACAAAGCCAACUCCUACAGGUAGCGGUCUGCAGUGGAGCCAGAGCGGCGGCCCUGCGCCUGCCCGCCCGCCUCGCCCGCCAGCUUCUGGGCCCAGCAGGCCCCUCUCAGAGAAAUAAACUUUCACCUUUUAUAAAUCA